CGGAGAACCAAUAAUUUUCGAUUUUAAUAUUUAUUAAUUAAUUAGCCUUUGUAAAAGAUAAAAAGACAGAGAAACCAGAAAACAAAACGUAAAACAAACGUAACCUACCUUGAACUCAUCGGGUGGAACGUCUUAUUCCUCGAACCUACACAGUAAAAAAAGCACACUUCAAAAGCCGAUUCAAACUCGAGGCUUUUUCUAAUCGUCAACCUCGUUUGAUCUCACCAGAUCUGCUUCGUAAUUUAAAAAAAAAAAGAAAAGGGUUUGCCAUUUAAUCUUGUUUAUUUACCGAGGAUUGUAGAAAACGAAUAAGGGAAAAUGCAUAGCCGGGGAUCGAGUAACCGGCCGUCUAACUCUGGUGGCCCUGCUUUUUAUUCUCGAAGUUCCGCUUUGGUUCUCGCCAUGUUCGCUACCAUGGCUACGAUUUACGUUGCGGGCCGCAUGUGGCAGGACGCAGAGAUCAGAGUAUAUUUAGUUCAACAACUUGAUAGGAGAACUGGUCAGGGUCAUUCUGCUAUAUCUGUUGAUGAUACGUUAAAAAUUAUAGCCUGCAGGGAACAACAGAAAAAAUUAUCAGCCCUUGAGAUGGAUCUAGCAGAUGCUAAGCAGGAAGGUUUUGUUUCAAAGGAGCACUUGGAGAAUGAUGGUACUCGAUCUAAGAAAAGGCUUUUAGCUGUUAUAGGAAUCAUCACAACAUUUGGACGAAAGAAAAAUAGAGAUGCAAUUCGAAAAGCAUGGAUGCAAUCAGGUGCAGCUUUGAAAAAAGUGGAAGAAGAGAAGGGAAUCGUUGUGCGAUUUGUUAUAGGAAGAAGUGCUAAUCGUGGAGAUAGUUUGGACAGCGAGAUCAACAAUGAAAACAGUCAGACCAAUGACUUCAUUAUUCUGGAUCAUGUGGAGGCGCCUGAGGAACGCUCAAAGAAGAUAAAAUCUUUCUUUGUUCAUGCUGUAGAGAUCUGGGAUGCAGAGUUUUAUGUUAAGGUCAAUGAUGAUGUUUAUGUUAAUAUUGAUGCCCUAGGAGCAGCACUUUCUACUCAUUUGGAUAAGCCUCGUGUUUAUAUGGGGUGUAUGAAAUCAGGAGAAGUUUUCUCUGAACCGACUCACAAAUGGUAUGAACCAGACUGGUGGAAAUUUGGCGAUGCAAAAUCAUAUUUUCGGCAUGCCUCAGGUGAAAUAUAUGCCAUUUCACGAGCUUUAGCACAGUUUAUCUCAAUUAAUAGGUCUAUUCUACGGAUAUAUGCCCAUGAUGAUGUGAGUGCUGGGUCAUGGUUUAUUGGGCUUGAUGUGAAACAUGUUAAUGAGGGAAAGUUUUGCUGUUCCACCUGGUCUACAGGUUCGAUAUGCGCAGCUGUCUGAUCUGACAAACCAGGUUUAUAUAGCAAUGCCAUUCGAAUCCUGCAUCAUCAUUUAUGUUGUUCUGCUACCAACCCAGAGCUCAAACAUUACCCCCCAGACAAUGAUCUCUGUUGUGCCUGGAGUGUGGAAUUGCCGAAUUGUUGACAUAAAGAUUUCAGUCAGAAUUGAUUCUUUUGAUUGAAUUCUGGUUCUUCCGAGUUCCAACAGCUGCAGAUGCAGGCAUCAUAUUCUUAACUCUUAAAGGCACAAGAAUUUUUCACGUCGCUGAUGUAUUAUAGCUCUGUAUAUUCCAAAUUCAUUCUUAUAUUUGAUUGAUAAAUUUUCCAAUAUUUCAGAUGAAAUGAAGGAUUUUUUUCAGCACUA